AUGAUUAAUUAAUAAGUGUUCGAAUAACUCAAUUCCAUUCUCUUUAAGCAAAAAUUCGAAAAUCAAAUCAAAAAUAUGUGCCCUACUUAAAAGAACUUAGAAUUCAAAUUCAUUGUAUUAAAAAAAGUUGAAACUCAAAUCACAAAGACUUAUAAGAAAAUCACAAAGUAUUGGAUUGCAGAUGAGACUGGGAGUGCAUUUUUGAAUGUGCAUGAUAUGGAUGAAUCAGUCAUAAAUCCAGGAGAUGUAUGUGUAAUGGUUGGUGCCUACACAAAUCUAUUCAAAGGAAUGAUGAAUAUUCAUUAAGGUAAGAAUGGUAUAUUCAAAAAAGUGAGUGAAUUCGAUCUUCAAUAUUCAACUUACCCUAAUCAUAGUUUAAAAAAUUGGGGCAAUGAUUAAUAAACCACUUAAAUUUGA